AUGUUAACACUCAACGCGGACUCCGCCUGCGACGUCUGCGCAGAGGAGUACGGUCCUUUCAACCUCCCCCGCUGCAUCCCAUGUGGCCAUGUUCUCUGUGCUGUCUGUGCAGAAUCAAUCAUCGAAAAGACAUCUCCUCGUCUUACCCCUACUUGUCCGUUCUGCCGCGAGUCCUUCGCUCGUGACGGCGUGCGUGUCAUCCGUAUUGACUUUUCUGGCUCUUCGGGCGGAGGUGCUGCAUCGACCUCAACGGCCGGCUAUGGUGUGGGCGAAAAUGGGUUAGGGGUAUCAGAGACGUGCAUUAACGGUGGUGCAGCGAGCCCCAAUCAUCUGGAUGACGAGACAGUUCUCUACGACGUUCGGACAAGUCGCUCGCCGAUUCACUCUGCCCGGUCCUCGCGUGACCCCUCUCGUGCUACUUCCCCUGAACGCUCUAAUGUUUCUUCUCAACAUAACGGCAUUUUCACUACUAUUAUCGAAGAUCACCCUGCACUUCCUGCCUCAUUCGAUGCGAACGUGCACAAGGACCGUGCGAGGGAGCUCGAGAAGAAGGUCGCAAAGGUGGCUACCAAACGUUGCAGCGCGGAGGAAGUGCAGGCGCUCCAACGCGAGCUAGGCGAGUGGCUAGCCGUCGACAAGGUCCUCGGUUCGUCUGGUUUCAGUUCAUGUGACAAGCAGCAACAUGCCGCGAUCCACCUUUCGCAUCUUCUUCUACGUGCUAUUCUGAUGAAUCACCUCGCACACUCAGAGGCAUCACGUGUCGCAAAGGGGGCUGAAGCCCAGCUUCGUGCACGUAUUGCCGAUGGCGAGCUCGUCCGCGAGAAGCUUGACGCUGAUCUUCGCAAAACGAGGAACCUUCUUCAGACACGUUCGCAUGAAGUGUCUCUCCUCAAGACCGAGUUAGCACGAUUCCGAGGAGAGGAGUAUGCCGAGUUUGUGAGUCAGGGACAUGGACAAGGUGCCGUAACGCCAACGAGAAGACAAAGUCUCAGCGCACCAACCUCUCCUGAUGGGUACUUCCCUUCAUUCGGAAUCUCAUCCGCCAGCACAGCUGUUCCUCCGACAAGCUCCUCCCGAAGUAACCGCGCGAGCGGAGCGAAUAGUCCGUGCUCGAGUGGACGAACGACACCCACCGCUGGUUUGGCUCUUGGCAGUUCAACAAGCAACUUGAUGCCAAUGGGCUCCACGUUCCCUCCGAUCGAGAUGACGCUCAAUGCUGGUAUGGCGGGCAGCACCGCUAGUGCUAUGAUGACUACAAGCGGCGGCAUGUCGAGUGCGAGUGCUGCGGCGCAUUCUUCGAGGACGCCCGUAAGGCCACAAUCCACGGCCCCCUCGCGCUUUGGAAUGACGAAUGCAGGUACACCAAUUCGACCGCAAUCUACAGCGCCAUCACGCGCUGCGCCUGCAAGCCCCACUCCUGCUCCCGGAUCAACAAGUGGAAAGUAUGCACAUGGACAUAUGAGGAGCGCGUCGAUGAUCCAUCGGUCAGCCACCGCGACCCCAGGGCUUUCUUCGUCAUCUGCCUCUGCUGCUGCUGCCACCUCGACGGCCAGCCCAUCUCGUGACAGACGAUCGAUGACUCCUGCACCAAUUCACCAACGGUCUGCAUCCGUCGCACCCGGUUCAUCCUCUGGAGCUGCUGCAAGAGGACUGUCAAGAAGCUCGACGCCUAACCCUUCUGCUCGUGAAAGUGCGGGAAACGGUUCUUCCGCUGGCGUCGCUAGUUUCGGUGGCGUCAGCGGCUCGGGUAUUCCGCCCGUCCCCGCUCUUCCGAUGAGCAAGGAGAGAGAGGCCCUCGUCCCAGUCAGCGCUCUUUCUCAUUCAUUCCAGUCUUCCUUCCGCGAUACCAGUUCUUCCGCCUCGUCAUCGGUUGGCGUACAAGCGGCGCGUCCGCCUGUCCCACCGAAACCGCGUACACUGUCGCAUUCGUCACCUAACGGAGCUGGUACCGUGAGAGGAGGAAGAAGGGAUGUCGUGGAUGAUCGAGAUGGGUACACAACCGAAAAGGACGUGAAGAAGGAAAAGAAAAGCAAAAUGCAUGAGCGCUGGCUUCCGAGUGCACUUGUAGAUCGGAUGAACCGUCCUGCCACUAGCCAGGCCUGA